CUUUGUUUGCUCGUGUGUUGCUUCGAUACGAAAUUCCUGGGUGUGAUCUUGGGCUGUUAUCACGGCUGGCCGUGCAUGUUUGAAUAGCGGAAUACGCGGCCUUGAGUUCCUGUCCUUGCUCCAAAUAAGCACGGGGGAUUCUUAAAUGAAUUUUAAUAUUCAUCCUAAUUAAGCCAAGGUCCGGUUGUUUCUGAAAACGGAGACGGGACAAAUAGCACAGUGUGCGAUUCGGGGAAAGCUCGAGAGUUCUGUAAACAUCCAUCUCAGUGCUCAGUGAUAUGUUUCCUGGUGGAGCCUGUUCUUCGGGUCCUCCUUGUUUGUGUUAGCUGGAUGCUGUAGCGACGUUCUGCACAUUCCAGUGUGCGGGGGAUGAGCCACGCCAUGCGGCACCACUGGCUGCUGCUGGGCGCUUGCGGCUGGGUCUUGCUCAUCCUCAUGUUCGCGAGCAAGUUCAUCAACCUCAACUUCAGAGUCCCGGACGACUAUGGGGGAAAGUCAGAUCUGCUGGGCUGGACGGAUUCCGCCCUGAAACACACACGCGCACACACACCCACACACACACGCGCACACACACACACACCCACAGCCCGAGAGCCAGAGCCAGAGCACAGACCUCCUUCAGCCGGCCCAUCGGCGGGCGGCGAGCGGGAGCUGCAGGACUGGCGGCCGGUGGCAGCACGGCGGCUGCAGCUGCUCUCCAGCGUGUGCGGGAACGCCUCCCUCGCCAACCUCACCCACACGCCUGUCAGCAGGUUCGUCCUGGACCGCAUCUUCGUCUGUGACAAACACAAGAUCCUGUUCUGUCAGACACCCAAGGUGGGAAACACACAGUGGAAGAAGGUCCUCAUCGUGCUGAAUGGAGCGUUCUCCACGGUGGAGGAAAUUCCGGAGAACCUGGUGCACGAUCACGAGAAGAACGGCCUGCCACGCCUGUCGUCGAUGAGCGAGGAGGGCAUCCAGCACAGGCUCAGCUCGUACUUUAAGUUCUUCAUUGCGGACCCGUUUGAGCGCCUCAUCUCUGCAUUUAAGGACAAGUUUGUGUCGAACCCGCGCUUUGAGCCGUGGUACAAACACCACAUCGGGCCGGCCAUCGUGCGUAAGUACCGCCGGUCACACCGCGACGGGGGAGCGCCCGGCCUGCGCUUCGAUGACUUUGUGCGUUACCUGGGCGACCCUGGCGGGGGGCUUGACAGGCAGUUUGGGGAUCACGUGAUCCACUGGCUGAGCUUUGCGGAGCUGUGCGCUCCGUGUGAGAUCCGCUACAGCGUGGUGGGGCAUCACGAGACACUGGAGCGCGACGCCCCCUUCAUCCUGCAGAGUGCCGGCAUCCAGCGCCUCGUCUCCUAUCCCACAAUCCCCCCCGGCAUCACGCGCUACAACCGCACCAAGGUGCUGCGCUACUUCAGCGGCAUCAGCAAGCGCGACGCCCGCCGCCUCUACGCCCGUUACCACGGAGACUUCAGCCUCUUCGGAUACCCACGCCCCCACUUCCUGCUGGACUAAAGCCCGCCUCCCACCCAACUUCUUUGCUCUUUUAAAUUAAAGUUUGAAUACUGAGUCUGUCGGAGAGAGAGAGGGAGGGGGUGAGGUGGUAGAUGGCCCCUGACCCCUGACCCCUGACACCUGACCCCCUGACAUCGGCUCCUGGGGGCUGGCAGGCGCUCUGGCCACACCCCACAUCACCAUGGAAACGUUUCAGUGAUGGGUAGCUGCUGUGUGCCAGACUCUAGUCUCAUUUAACAAGGGGAACACCCUGUUACUGUACUGGACUAGCGUUACAAUGCCCUGGGGCUGCACUGCUUCACACUGCGCUGUGAUCCAGCUCUGGCCUUCAGUACAGAGGGUUGGGCCAGGACGGAAGACUGCUGCUGAUUGGCAGGUUCCUCAUCCUAAUGAAAUGAAGGGGCAGCGUGCUGAUGGACACUGGAGGGAUCCCUGUGUGUGUGUGUGUGUGUGUGUGUGUGUGUGUGUGUGUGUGAGGGAUCCCUGUGUGUGUGUGUGUGUGAGGGAUCCCUGUGUGUGUGUGUGUGUGUGUGUGUGUGUGUGUGUGUGUGUGUGUGUGUGAGGGAUCCCUGUGUGUGUGUGUGUGAGGGAUCCCUGUGUGUGUGUGUGUCUGUGUGUGUGUGUGUGUGUGUGUGUGUGUGUGUGUGUGUGUGUGUGUGAGGGAUCCCGCUGUUCUUCAUGGAGCUGCUGAAGAUGUGAUGGAUGUCCUCAUGUCAUGCGUCAGUGAUUGGCUGUAGUUGAUUGUAGUGAUUUGAUGGUUGCGAUGCUCCUAAUUGGCUAAGUUUACGAUGGUGAGCUCUCUGAUUGGCUGACAUUUGCUGUCUUAUCCUGAUGUAGACUAUGGUGAGCUUACUACCCCAGGACAGGGAGAGGCAGGGAGUCCGGCUUAAAAACCCCAUUCAACAAAAUGUGUGAGUGUGUGUCUCUGAGUGUGUGUGAGUGUGUGUCUGUGUGUGUGAGUGUAUGUGUCUCUGUGUAUGUCUGUGUGUGAUGUGUGUGUCUGUGUGUGUGUGUGUCUGUGUGUGAGUGUGUCUCUCUGAGUGUGUCUGUGUGUGUCUCGGAGUGUGUGUCUCGGAGUGUGUGUCUCGGAGUGUGUGUCUCGGAGUGUGUGUCUCGGAGUGUGUGUGUCUGUGUGUGUCUGUGUGUGUCUGUGUGUGUCUGAGUGUGUCUGAGUGUGUGUGUGUCUCGGAGUGUGUGUCUCGGAGUGUGUGUCUCUGUGUGUGUCUGUGUGUCUGAGUGUGUCUGAGUGUCGGUGUGUGAGUGUGUGUCUCUGAGUGUGUGUCUGUGUGUGUGUGUCUCUGUGUAUGUCUGUGUGUGAUGUGUGUGUGUCUCUGUGUGUGAGUGUGUGUCUGUGUGUGUUGUGUGUGAUGCCUGUUGUGUGUGUGAUGUGUGCGUGCGUGUUUCUGUAUGUAUGCCUGUGUUUGUGUGCGUGCGUGUGUGCGUGUUUCUGUAUGUAUGCCUGUGUUUGUGUGCUGCAUGUGUGCGUGUGUGCAUGUUUCUGUAUGUAUGCCUGUGUUUGUGUGCUGCAUGUGUGCGUGUGUGCGUGUUUCUGUAUGUAUGCCUGUGUUUGUCUGGGUGAGUCUGAAAGUGUAGCUUGGGGUCAGACUGGGCUUGUGUGGAUAAUGGCUGCUUGAGCUCGUUUAGAGGCUCAGUUGUCAUGGUGACUAGAUGGUGCUGAAGCCUGCUAAUUCCCACAGCCCCGCCCCCUCAAGAGCUCCGCCCCCCUGAACCAGAGUCCCGCCUCCUCCGGCCAGUGAGUGGCCGCUCCCUGGCAGAAUGAGCGCUGUGAUUGGUCAGAGGUGAGGUGCGUCUCUGCCAUUGCAUUGUGCUCUCACACCCUCCAGGGGGCAGCAGUCAGCCAUUAAAACAGGCUCCACUUGUCCGUUUAAAAACAUGUUCACUGCUAAUGUUUUAAAAUGUAAAAAUGGACAAUAAAGGUUUCUUUGAUGGAAAGGUA